GCUCCUGUAUUUCGCCACACAAUAGAUACAUAUUUAUCCUAUUACUUUCUAUAUAGCAUCUUCCUUGUUCAUAUAUUUACCUUCCAUUUAAUCUUUUUCAAAGGCCAUCAUGGGUGUUUUGACUUUUGAGAGGGAAAUGGCUGCCGCUAUCCCCCCAACCAAGAUGUUCAAGGUCUUUGUCCUUGAAGCUGACACUGCUAUCCCUAAGAUUCUGCCUCAGGUCGUUAAGAAUGUGGAGAUUAUUGAAGGAAAUGGAGGGCCUGGAACCAUUAAGAAGACUUCCUUUGCAGAAGGUAGGGAAGUGAAGUAUAUUAAGACCCAGAUUGAUGCAACAGACAAAGACAAUUUCACGCACUGCUACAGUGCUAUCGGAGGCGAUCCAUGGAUGGACGCACUGGAGAAAGUUUCCUAUGAGAUCAAAAUGGUGUCUUCUUCUGAUGGAGGAUCCAUUAUCAAGACCACCACCAAAUACUACCCAAAGGAAAACGGUGAGAUCAAUGAAGACCAGAUCAAGAUUGGAGCAGAGAAGGGCCUGGCAUUGUUUAAGGCUGUUGAAGCUUAUCUCUUGGCAAAUCCUGAUGCUUAUAACUAAUUAAUUAAAAUUGUGUUAUUAUUUGGAUGGCUGGCGAAGCCACUUUUGGGUCGAUAAUAAAAGAUUGUAAUCGUGUUCUUUGGUUUCUCUACCAGUGGAUUAAGGAGUAUAAUUAAUCCCUAAUUAAUUAAGCUCAUAAUAAAUAAACAAGAAUUUUCUUUCAGAAAUGUUGGAAUGUACUUCUUCAUAUUUUCAUUGUUGGCUUACAGCCAUGCCUUCAGAAGUUAUGGCUGUUUUGUAUGCUGAUGGCCCUCGGGCUUUUUAAUGCAAUGCUCUGAAUGUUCAUCAUUCAAAUUCAAUAUUAUGUAA